UCAUCAAGGAAGAAACAUAUCUCUUUUCUAUUAAUAUUUACAUAUAUAUUAACAUUACUUAAUCAAUCAUUAGCUUUUUUUAUUCAUAUAUAAAUUGAAUGAAAACUCUUGUUGGUAUUUUGAUCUGUGAUUGAAGUUGAACCUUAAGAGCUAAAACCAAAAGCAAGACGACUCUGUGCAAAUGGCUAUACAACAAUUAACUGUUGAAUCUCGAGUCGCAUUUCCUUUGAAUACUGUAGGAAUUUUGCGGGAGGCCGUCAAGCUGCCAGCAAGAAAUGGGAAGUUGAUGCUUCAACUCAUGAUCCUCGUAUUUAGUCCCUUAUAUCUCCUUGUCUUGAUUCACAAUCUUGUAGCAGGUCCUUUAAUGAACAAGAUAGAGGAUGACUACGAGCAAUCCUCAGUAGAUCAAAAUGAUGUAAGAUCUCUUGUGGGUAUUGAACUCCUUCUCUUUGGAGUCUUUUCGUUUGUUUCCCUUUGGGGAACCACAUUAACCAUUUAUGCAGCGUCAACCAUUUAUAUUGGUAAAGAUAUAAAGUUCAAUGAUCUCUUCUCAUGGAUGAGGGCUUCAUGGAAAAACCCGUUGAUCACAUGGCUUGGGCUCUUGCUCUUAUAGUUUCUGUCAUGGACGAAGACAGUUGCGGAGUAAAGGCGGUGGGAAGAGCCAGGAAACUUAUUGCAGGAAGAGAAGUACAAGGGUGGUUUCUGAUGCUGAUUCUGGUAGUAAUUAGCGUUCCGAUCUGUGUUGUGUUCUAUGUUACACUAACACAUGAUGAUGAUGAUGAACUUGGUGCCUUCACUCAGUUUGCUUUUGGGUUCUUUGCAACCGUGAUUCUUUGCCAAGCUAAGUUUUUCACCUUUGUGGUGUUCACUGUUUUCUGCUAUGAAUGCAAGCAGGGACAUGGCGAGAUGGAAUCAGAAGCUGGGAACUGUUUAGUUUCUCAUGAACGUGGGGUUCAUAAUUAAUCAUCUCUCUAUAGUUCAAUGGUUUUUGGUUGUUUUUCUUAUGUUUUGGCUCUGUCUAAUAGCUCAGUAGUUUGGCUUAUAGUACUAGGACUGUUCUUCAAUUUUAUAUCCUGCAACCACUAAUAAAGACCAACUAGUACUUCCAAUCGA